AUGAAUCCGAGCUUUCGAGUUGAAGGUGUGAAGAAUACCGGUAAUCUCAACGACAUCGAAACCACCGACAACGACGUGAGAGGCGUGGCUUCAAUCUCGAACCUCCAGAACGACAACGACGUGAGAGGCGUGGCUUCAAUCUCGAACCUCCAGAACGACAACGACAGUUCCUACCGAAGCUCUCGAUUCGCAGCUGGCCAAGUAACUAUCUCGCCUACGGUAAAACAGUUGUGUCUCACAAUUGCCAUGUCUCGCCCGCCCGGCGCCGAGUCCCAAACCGGCGCUGGGGUUGCCUUCUCGGGCAGUCGCGUAUACCCCACCCCGCUCGGAGAGGUGCGAAACUAUCUCCCGAUACGCAUCCCACCGACGCAUCCCACCGACGCAUCCCUCCGACGAAUCCCUCCGACGAAUCCCUCCGACGAAUCCCUCCGACGCAUCCCUCCGACGAGAACGGCGAGCAUGGUGAUGGACACAACUCAUCGCAGCGUGAUCUACCACAGCCUGCUUCUGCUUCUGGCCGAUGUGGCGCUGGCCCAGGGCGGCGACAGUGCGAUUACGCGCCGAGCCGCCACCACCCCUUUGCCGGCCGGCGAAAUCGCGGGUAUCGCGGUGACCGCCGUGGUCGCGUACGCGCUGUAUGGCUACCUGAUCUUCCACUGCCGGCAGAAGCGGAAGCGGAUGCGUUUGCGCGCGCAGGAGGCAGGGGGGCACGAGGUCGAGAUGGGACGGCUCGUGCUCGUGCCGGAGCUGGGUGGUCCUCCUGUGGUUGGUCGGGGUCGGGGCGGGGUUGGUGGGGUGGGAGUGCCGGCGGGGAAGAGGGUGGAGCAUGGGGAUGGUGAGAGGAUUAGGGAUGUGUCUGGUGGGCCGUAUGCGCAGAUGGUGGGACAGGAUAUAGGAUGGCUGGCGGAGGAGGAGAGGAGGGUUGCCGAGGAGCAGAGGAACGUCCAGGAGAGGGUUCGGGCGCUGCAGGAGUUGAGGAGGUUGCAGGGGGAGCAGGCGAGGGCGAAGGAUGAUGACUUGAGGAUAAGGGAGCAGCAGAGGGAGAUUGGUAGAGGGAGGUUGGGGUGACGGAGGGAUGAAUGGGUGGAGGGAGGUACAAGUCUUCGAUCACGUUUAAUGUUUAAUACGUCUUGUAAUAACUAGAGUAAAUUGACUCUACGAGCUACG